CGAAUCCAGCCUCAUUCAUGGCUAACUAUCCGUCUCUUGCUCGCAAACUCAAGUACAGUGUACGACUUUCCAGCAUGCCGCACAACCGUACGCACGAGGGAAGAUUUUCCGAGUUGCAGCCGCGGUGAUCGCGAACACAACCACAUUGUAACAUCGCAAACAGAGUCGAAAUCGGCCGCUCGAAGUACGGCAUUCGCGAGAUGUCGGCCAAGUCCUUGGUACUACGACACCACUAUUCCAAUGCCCAUGUCUUUGGCGCCCACUGCCCUAACAAUGCGCUCUGUUGGCAAGAGCGGUGUCGCCUUGACCGAUCACCCUCCACAUUCUCGGAACGCCGUCUUCCCAGGUCGCACCUUCAGUUGGUGCGCGCGUCCGCUCGUUCCUACCGUAUCGCGGCAAGGCUGGGGCGUCGCUUGAGGGGGAAAGAGAGAAUGAUGACGGGUGUUUCAUUCUGCGGACAAGCUCUCGCUAAACGGUGGCCGCUCGCGCCUUUACAUCCAAGCUCCUGCGCUUCGGGUCCCCUCGAAACUCCGUAUCACCCACCUAAACGUUCCAUCUAGCGACAUGCACGUUCAAAUACCCACCACAUUAUU